AUUCCAUGUGAUUUUCGUUUUGGACCAAAAACGUAUUUCGACUGUUAUUUUGGUCACUAAAAAGGAAACAAUAAAGAGAAAGAAAAACCGAAAAUAAAAGCAAAAUAAAACAUCACCAAUCAUUAGCAGAAAAUUAAGAAGAAGAAGAAGAAGAAGAAGAAGCAAGAAGGAACACAGCAAUGAAGAACAACCACAGCGACCACAGCGGUUGGAGUGUUGAUUCGAGAUUUAACCAAACUCUCAAAAAUGUCCAAGGGCUGCUUAAAGGACGCAGUAUUCCUGGUAAAGUAUUAUUGACCAGAAAAACAGAUCCGCCGGAGGACCCAAGUUUGCAAGAAAGAUCUCCUAGUUUUGGGAGGAGCUUCUCAGAAAAUGAUGCUGGUACAAGUGAUCGAAUGGACAUGUCGAGGGAGGCAGAAGCCCGGAGUACGGGCAAGCUUAAUAUUAGCGCAGCUACAAACAAGCUGAAACCAUCAAUGUCCAAUAUUGAGACCAAACCCAAAGACAGUCAGAAAUCCCCUAUGGGUGCUAGAGCUACAGAUUCUGCAAGAAUUAUGAAAUUCACUAAGGAGCUAUCGGGAACAACAGUAAUAUUAGAGAGAUUGCGGGAGUUAGCUUGGAGUGGUGUCCCACCAUACAUGCGCCCCAAUGUUUGGAGGCUUCUCUUGGGAUAUGCACCGCCUAAUUCAGAUAGAAGGGAGGGGGUUUUGAGAAGGAAGCGGCUCGAGUAUCUUGAUUGUGUUGAUCAAUUUUAUGACAUUCCAGAUACAGAACGUUCAGAUGACGAGAUCAAUAUGCUUCGCCAGAUUUCUGUUGAUUGUCCAAGAACAGUACCUGAUGUGACUUUCUUUCAGCAAGCACAAGUUCAGAAAUCCUUGGAGCGCAUUCUUUAUACAUGGGCAAUUCGGCAUCCUGCAAGUGGAUAUGUUCAGGGAAUAAAUGAUCUUGCUACACCCUUCCUGGUUGUUUUCUUGUCAGAACACUUGGAAGGAGACAUCGAGAAUUGGUCCAUAUCUGAUCUAUCUCAAGAUAAAAUCUCUAACAUAGAGGCUGAUUGUUAUGGGUGCCUAUCAAAGUUACUAGAUGGCAUGCAAGACCAUUACACAUUUGCUCAACCAGGAAUACAGAGACUUGUGUUUAAGUUGAAGGAACUGGUUAGGCGGAUCGAUGAACCUGUUUCAAGGCACAUGGAAGAGCAAGGGCUUGAAUUUCUUCAAUUUGCUUUUCGCUGGUUCAACUGUCUUUUAAUACGCGAGAUCCCUUUUCAUCUUGUUACCCGCCUGUGGGACACAUACCUUGCCGAAGGAGAUGCAUUGCCAGAUUUCCUUGUGUACAUAUAUGCCAGUUUUCUUUUAACGUGGUCAGAUAAGCUUCAGAAACUUGAUUUUCAAGAGAUGGUGAUGUUUCUUCAACACCUUCCAACUCAGAACUGGACACACCAAGAACUAGAGAUGGUACUUUCUAGAGCAUAUAUGUGGCACAGCAUGUUCAACAGCUCCCCAAGCCACUUAGCUAGCUAGAGAGAAACUAAAUUGACAGUGUCAUUUCAUUUUCCUCUGCGAUAACUAUCUGUUUUUAUUUUUUGGGGUUCCUUGAAGCAGCUGCUUUAUCCCAUUUUUGUAGAGGUGAUCAACCAUUGUUGUCAUACGUGUUGUGGCUUGUAAUAUUUUCGUAUACCAUUGAGUGAAGAAAAACCGAAUAACUUUUGUGUAACAAUUUUUGGAGUUAAUGAAUGGGAGUUAAGAGCAUGUAACAAUA